AGAUUGCCCUUAUCCUAUCUCUCGUCCUGUCCACGUUGUCAAUGUUCUAUCCAUUACAAACAACGUUCAGAAGCAGAAAGAACUCAGGUUCUUUGUUUGCAGCUUUUCUAGUUACCACACUCGCGCCAUGGCCACGAAACCCAUCUUCCCUAUCCAAUCCAAUUAAAAAUCCUCACUCUAAACCACUUCUUCAAAAAGUUUUCUACAAUUUCUCAAUCCCAACCAUGGCCUCGUCGUCGCUCUGUUCCUCCUUCGUCCAAACCGUGAACCCGCACGCACUUUGUCACCACAAAACCCUAACUCCAUGGGCUUCAGCUUUCUUCCGGAGACUCCAGCUCCAGCCGCCGUCGAUUUCCGGCACACGCCGGAGCAGGAUGCGUCUCGGUGUAGUAGCGUCCCUCGGAGGAUUGCUUGGCGGCAUAUUCAAAGGCGCUGACACGGGAGAAUCCACGCUACAGCAGUACGCGGCAACCGUUAACAUUAUCAACGGAUUGGAACCAGAGAUUUCCGCAUUCGAUUCGGAACUGAGGGAGAGGACUUUUGCUCUUCGAGAACGCGUGCAACAGGGCCAAUCUUUGGAUUCUAUCUUACCGGAGGCGUUUGCUGUGGUGAGAGAAGCUUCGAAGAGGGUUCUUAGCCUCCGACCCUUCGAUGUCCAGCUUUAGGUAAGAGGCAUGGUUCUUCAUAAGGGGGAAAUAGCUGAAAUGAGGACUGGAGAAGGGAAGACACUGGUUGCAGUUUUGCCUGCUUAUUUAAAUGCAUUGAGUGGGAAGGGAGUUCAUGUUGUGACUGUCAAUGAUUAUCUGGCUCGGCGGGAUUGUGAGUGGGUUGGUCAGGUUCCACGCUUAUUGAAGGUUGGCCUCAUUCAGCAGAAAAUGACAAGUCAGCAAAGAAAGGAAAAUUACUCAUGUGAUAUAACAUAUGUCACUAAUAGUGAGCUUGGUUUUGAUUACUUGAGAGACAAUCUUGCCACGAGUGUCGAAGAUCUUGUUGUAAGGGGUUUCAAUUACUGUAUCAUCGAUGAGGUUGAUUCAAUUCUUAUUGAUGAAGCUAGAACACCACUUAUUAUAUCAGGACCUGCAGAGAAACCCAGUGAUAGAUAUUAUAAGGCUGCAAAGAUUGCAGAAGCAUUUGAGCGAGACAUACAUUACACUGUGGAUGAAAAACAAAAAACAGUUCUACUUUCUGAGCAGGGUUAUGAAGACGCUGAAGAAAUUUUGGCUGUCAAAGAUUUAUAUGAUCCACGAGAGCAGUGGGCUUCAUAUAUCCUAAAUGCAAUAAAAGCAAAAGAACUAUUUCUUCGGGAUGUAAACUACAUAGUUCGUGGAAAAGAGGUCUUUAUUGUUGAUGAGUUUACUGGCCGAGUCAUGCAGGGGAGAAGGUGGAGUGAUGGUCUUCACCAAGCAGUUGAGGCAAAAGAAGGGCUGCCAAUUCAAAAUGAAACUGUCACGCUGGCUUCCAUCAGUUACCAGAAUUUCUUUCUUCAGUUUCCCAAACUUUGUGGUAUGACUGGCACUGCAGCAACAGAAAGCACAGAAUUUGAGAGUAUUUACAAGCUUAAAGUUACAAUUGUGCCAACAAACAAGCCUAUGAUAAGAAAGGAAGAAUCUGAUGUAGUUUUUAGGGCAACUUCUGGGAAAUGGCGUGCAGUUGUAGUGGAAAUCUCUAGGAUGCACAAAACUGGUCGCCCAGUGCUUGUUGGCACGACUAGUGUUGAGCAGAGUGAUUCUUUGUCGGAGCUAUUGAAAGAAGCUGAAAUUCCGCAUGAGGUUCUUAAUGCGAAACCAGAAAAUGUUGAGAGGGAAGCAGAAAUUGUAGCUCAGAGUGGUCGUUUUGGGGCAGUGACAAUUGCAACCAAUAUGGCUGGUCGUGGGACAGAUAUAAUCCUUGGUGGUAAUGCUGAAUUUAUGGCACGGUUGAAACUUCGUGAGAUAUUGAUGUCUAGAGUUGUUAAGCCAUCCGAAGAAGGUUUUGUUUCAAUAAAGAAACCUCCACCCUACAAGACAUGGAAGGUGAAUGAGAAGUUAUUCCCAUGCCAGCUAUCAGAUAAAAAUGAGAACUUGACCGAAAAGGCUGUUCAAUUAGCUGUAGAAACAUGGGGCAAGAGAUCAUUAACUGAGCUUGAAGCAGAGGAGCGCCUAUCCUAUGCAUGAGAAAAGGGCCCUGCUCAAGAUGAAGUCAUUGCCAAGUUGAGAAAUGCAUUUCUGGAAAUUGGAAAAGAAUACAAAGUCUUCACUGAGGAAGAGAGGAAGAAGGUUGUGGAAGCUGGUGGACUCCAUGUGGUGGGCACAGAGCGACAUGAAUCACGGCGAAUUGAUAAUCAGUUGCGUGGUCGAAGUGGCAGACAAGGAGAUCCAGGUAGCUCGCGCUUUUUUUUAAGCCUUGAAGAUAACAUAUUUCGCAUUUUUGGUGGAGAUCGAAUUCAGGGCUUAAUGCGAGCUUUCAGAGUUGAAGACCUGCCUAUUGAGUCCAAGAUGCUGACCAAAGCAUUAGAUGAAGCCCAAAGGAAAGUGGAGAAUUAUUUCUUUGACAUUCGGAAGCAGUUGUUUGAGUAUGAUGAAGUACUUAACAGCCAAAGAGACCGAGUUUAUACUGAGAGAAGGCGAGCCCUUGAAUCAGAUAAUCUUCAGUCUCUUCUUAUUGAAUAUGCUGAAUUGACAAUGGAUGACAUUUUAGAGGCAAACAUUGGUUCUGAUGCUCCAAAGGACAGCUGGGAUCUUGAAAAACUAAUUGCAAAAAUUCAGCAAUAUUGCUACAUGUUGAAUGAUUUAACCCCUGAUUUGCUGAAGAAUAAGUGUUCGGACUAUGAACAAUUGCGGAAUUAUCUCCGUCUUCGUGGUCGUGAAGCCUACAAGCAGAAAAGGGAAAUGGUGGAGGAACAAGCAGCAGGCUUGAUGAAAGAAGCAGAGCGGUUCCUGAUCUUGAGCAAUAUUGAUCGCUUGUGGAAAGAACAUCUGCAAGCACUAAAAUUUGUUCAGCAAGCCGUAGGGCUACGGGGAUAUGCGCAGCGCGAUCCACUUAUUGAAUAUAAACUUGAAGGCUAUAACCUUUUCUUGGAUAUGAUGGCACAAAUUAGAAGAAAUGUCAUAUAUUCCGUAUAUCAGUUCCAACCUGUGUUGGUAAAGCAAGAUCAAGAAAAAACAGAAAAUGGAAAAUCAGGAAAACGUAAAGCACGCAGUCGGGUUAACCCAAAUCCUGAUCCAGUUGGCACCAUCGAGCCUUCAACAUCAAGUACAGCGUCCUAAAACGGUAAUCAAGACUAGUAUUUAUCAAGAGUUACUGAACGAGAGGAAUCAACGAAAGCUUCAGUUAGUUCUCAAUGUUUGUAGAAUUUAUUGUAGAGAUUUUCAUAUGGUCAAAAUAAAUUUAUAGAUGUAUAGUAAUUCUUAAAUUUAGGAGAAAGAAUAUAUUUCUUAUUA